GGUGGAGCCAGCCUGGCGCGCGCUAGGAGCCUAUUGGCUGGCGUGGUUCGGUUCACCGCCCGGAUUGGCCGGAGCCACGCCUCCUGGAGUUCGUCUGGGAGCUGGGCGCUGGAGAUCGCGCAGGAGUCAGUCAUGAGGAAGCCACGAGCAGCUGUGGGAAGUCGAAGUCGUUGCAGGAAGCAGGCAUCCAGCCAGGAGGGAAGGGAGAAACGUGCCCUCAGCAGCAGCCAGGCCAAGCCGUCUGCACCUGACGGCCUGGCCAGGCAGCAGGAGGAGGUGAGAUUGCAGGCCCCUGUCUCCCCGUACCAUCUAUUCAGAGACACAGCUGAGGUGACAGUCUUCCGGAAGAGCCUGCUGAGCUGGUAUGACCGAGAGAAGCGGGACCUACCCUGGAGAAGGCGGGUGGAGGGUGAGGUGGACCUGGACAGGCGGGCAUACGCUGUGUGGGUCUCAGAGGUCAUGCUGCAGCAGACCCAGGUUGCCACGGUGAUCGACUAUUAUAACCGAUGGAUGCAGAAGUGGCCAACGCUGCAGGACCUGGCCAGUGCUUCCCUGGAGGAGGUAAACCAGCUCUGGGCUGGCCUGGGCUAUUACUCUCGAGGCCGGCGGCUACAGGAAGGAGCCCGGAAGGUGGUAGAGGAGCUAGGGGGCCACAUGCCACGUACAGCAGAGACCCUGCAGUGGCUCCUGCCUGGUGUGGGGCGGUACACAGCCAGAGCCAUUGCUUCCAUUGCCUUUGGCCAGGCAACCGGUGUGGUGGAUGGGAACGUAGUACGGGUGCUAUGCCGUGUCCGAGCCAUUGGUGCUGAUCCCAGCAGCACCCUUGUUUCCCAGCAGCUCUGGAGCCUAGCCCAGCAGCUGGUGGAGCCAGCCCGGCCAGGAGACUUUAAUCAAGCAGCCAUGGAGCUGGGGGCCACAGUGUGCACCCCGCAGCGCCCGCUCUGCAGCCAGUGCCCUGUGCAGAGCCUGUGCCGGGCACGCCAGAGGGUGGAGCGGGAGCAGCUCUCAGCCUCACGGAGCCCACCAGGCAGUCGUGACGUGGAGGAGUGUGCUCCCAACACUGGACAGUGCCAGCUGUGUGCGCCUCCCACAGAGCCCUGGGACCAGACCCUGGGAGUGGCCAACUUUCCCAGAAAGGUCAGUCGCAGGCCCCCCAGGGAGGAGUGCUCUGCCACCUGUGUUCUGGAGCAGCCCAGGGCCCUUGGGGGUGCCCGAAUUCUGCUGGUGCAGAGGCCCAACUCAGGUCUGCUGGCAGGACUGUGGGAGUUCCCAUCUGUGACCGCAGAGCCCUCAGGGCAGCACCAGCGCAAGGCCCUGCUGCAGGAACUGCAGAGUUGGGUUGGGCCCGUCCCGGCCACCCGCCUUCGGCACCUGGGACAGGUGGUCCACACCUUCUCUCACAUCAAGCUGACAUAUCAAGUAUAUGGUCUGGCCCUGGAAGAACAGACCCCAGUGGCCAUUGUACCACCUGGAGCUCGCUGGCUGACCCGGGAGGAGUUUCACACUGCUGCUGUCUCCACCGCCAUGAAAAAGGCACUACCUUUGUUGUCUUCGUUGUACUUUUUGUGUUUCCUACAUGUUCUAAGUGAACCUGUUACUAUGUGUUCCGUGUAUACGAGGGCCAGCAGCCAGGGACCUGCAAGAUAUAGACAAUAUGAGAAACGUUUCACAGUUUAAAAAAAAGUCCCAUCUCUUUGGACCCCUGUGAGAUUCAACUUCUGGCACAAUGAGAUGGAGGCCACACCUGGCUCCUAAAGACAAAGCCUUUCACUCCAGGCCUCUGUGGGUGUCUCUCAGUUCCAGCAGGCCCUGUGCUGGACUCCCCAGUGCUCCAGGACAGGCGGCUACACCCAGCUUCAGCCCUUCUCAGGCUUCCUGGACCCUGGCAGCUUGCUCCUGCACGGACUGCCACAGGGCCCGAAUGUUGCCCUGGCCAAAUCCAGUGGCCCCCUGCCUCUGAAUCAGCUCCAGGAAGAAAGUGUCCUCUGCAAAGAGGGACUUGGUGAAGACCUGAAGCAGAAACUUGCCUCUGUCACCAUCUAGCAAGACCCCCUGUCGGGCCAGCAGGCUAGGCUCUAGCCCUGCAGCCAGGAUCUGCUUCUCCUUGCCUGGCUGCUGGUAGUAGGCCUCAGGAGGAGUCAGGAGCUGACCCCCGGCCCCUACCACACCCUCAGUGGCUUUCAUGAUAUUUGGUGUGUAUAACCCCACGUGCUGCAGUCCAGGUCCCCCGUUCCGGGCCAGGAACUGCUCCACCUGGUCCUGUCGGCUGGUGACCCCCAGCAGGGACUCGGCCAGCACGAGGGUAGGGACAGCACUACCCGUAGGGGCCUGCAGGGCGGUGAGCCUCAGCCCCCCGGGCCCGGACUCUGCUGCCACCUCCAGGCCCAGCUCCGGAUCCUCACCUGGGCUCAGCGGCAGGUGGUGAAAGCCUAGACAGUCGUGGAACCAGCGCAUCAGUUUUGGGGAGCUGCUGGGGGUGCAGGCCAAGGUCAGGUGGUCCACGUGGCUGACCCAGCCCGGGCCAGGUGCGGAGGGCACAGGCCUAAAGCCGGGCAGAAAGGGCCCGCAGAAGCCAGUGCGGUCCAGCAGCGUCACGCUGAGGUUGCCGGCCGGCGAGCUGAUCACGGCGUAGGUGGCGGUGCCCUGCUCAUCCCGCA